CCGUGUUGGAACCGGGACGGGCGCUCAGCGCUGCCGGGACCGGCCCCGGGAUCGGAGCCAUGUCCCGGCGGCGCUGAGCCUCGACACCGCCGCCUCGUCACCGUCACCACCAUGGGGAGCAUCUACAAGGAAUAUUUCAACCGCGACAAAAUCCGCGAGCACUACAACUACACCAAGGGCGACACCGAGAGCUCGGCGCCCUCGCGCUGGGUGGGCUCCGUCCUCAUCGUCCUCCUGUGCUGCGUCAUCGUCCUGGAGAACCUGCUGGUCCUGGUGUCCAUCUGCCGCAACAAACGCCUCCACUUGGCCAUGUACAUCUUCAUCGGCAACUUGGCCGCGUCCGAUUUGUUGGCCGGCGCCGCUUUUAUGGUCAACACUCUCCUGUCGGGCAGCACCACCUUCAGCCUGACGCCGGUGCAGUGGUUCGUGAGGGAGGGCACGGCUUUCGCCACGCUGGCCGCCUCGGUGUUCAGCCUGUUGGCCAUCGCCAUCGAGCGCCACGUGGCCAUCACCAAGGUCAAGGUGUACAGCAGCGAUAAGAACUGCAGGAUGGUUCUGUUGAUCGGCGCCUGCUGGGUGAUCGCCGGCGCCAUCGGCAGCUUGCCCAUCAUGGGUUGGAACUGCAUCAGCGAUCUCCGCGAUUGCUCCACGGUGUUGCCGCUCUACUCCAAGCGUUACGUGCUCUUCGUCACCACCAUCUUCACCCUCAUCCUCCUGGCCAUCGUCGGGCUCUACACGCGCAUUUACUGCAUCGUGCGCUCCAGCCACGCCGAGAUCGCCACGGCGCAGACGUUGGCUUUGCUCAAAACCGUCACCAUCGUGCUGGGAGCCUUCAUCGUCUGCUGGCUGCCCGCCUUCAUCAUCCUCCUGAUGGACGCCUCGUGUCCCGUCCGCGCUUGCCGGGUGUUGUACAGCGCCAAUUAUUUUUUCGCUUUCGCCACGCUCAACUCGGCGGCCAACCCGGUGAUUUACAUGUUGAGGAGCAAGGACAUGCGCGGCGAGUUCCUGCGCAUGCUCUGCUGCUGCGGCCGGGGACGGCGGCCGCAGCAGCUCGGCCGCCCGGGGGUCCCGUUGCGCACGUCCAGUUCGCUGGACAGAGGUCCGGCCGCUCCCACCGCGGCCGAGUUGGUCACGGCGCCGCUGACCCGCGAGUGCACCACGUCUGUGUGAGAAGGGAGGGCGUGGGUUUUGGGUGGUGUGGGGACAUCCCAUGGCCUGGUGGACACCCCAAGGCCACUUUGGGGACACUCCAUGGACAUCUCAUGGCCUGGUGGACACCUCAAGGCCAGCCUGUGGACAUCCCAUGGUCCCAAGGCCACCCUGGGGAC